AUGGAUAAAGGCCAGACGGAUGAAGGCCACACAGAUGAAGGCCACACAGAUGAUGGCCAGACGGAUGAAAACCACGUGGAUGAAGGCCACAAAGAUGAAGGCAUUAAGGAUGAAGGCCACACGGAAGAUUGCCUCACGGAUGAAGGACAAAUUGAUGAAGGCUACAUGGAUGAAGGUGACACGGAUGAAGGCACGAAAGAUGAAGAUCACAAGGAUUUAGUUCCACUCGGAAGAAAACUAUACAGAUACCACAAAGAUGAAGACCAAAAGUAUGAGGGUCACGAGAAUGAAGAGCACAAAGACGAAGGCUACAUGGAUGAAGAACACAACGAUGAAGGCCUCAAGGAUGAAGACCACACGGAUCAAGGUCACAAGGAUGAAGGCCUCAUGAAAGAAGGUCACAAGAAUGAAGAUCACAAGGAUGAAGGCCACAAGAAUGAAGACCACAAGGAUGAGGGCUACAAGGAUGAAGACAACUAG